CCGCAGGAGGAGACGUUCUAACGGGAGAUAAGUGGAGGAAACCCGCUGUGAACUCGGACCAGGGGGACGGGGAGAUUUCCUCCCACUUUUUCUCUCGUCUUUCGGGGGAACUCAGCCACGUUGGAGCAGCCAACAAAGGAACCGGGGGGGAAGUGACUCGUCAGCGCAGAAGUUUGAGUCACUCGCCGAAUUUCAACACUUCGAAAUGAGGAUCAGCGUCGUUUUCACCCUCGUGUUCUUCGUUGUGCUGACUCACCGGCAGACACACUCGCUCCCCGCCUCCCCGCGCGUCUGCCGGGCCCCGCGGCUGCAGCAGCUGCGCUGAACCGGGUCGAGGCUGCAGGGACCCGGCCCCGGGCUGUCAGGUGAGAGGCGUGGCGCUGGGCGGGGGCGGCUUCCGACGGCACCUGGGUGAUCGAGUGUGUGUGAGCCGAGGAGCACUGAGCAGCAGCCCGGGCCGAGGAACCGAUCCAGCGGGUGGAAGAGAAGAUUUGGUUCCCAGGUCACCGGGACACGGUAAUGACACACGGCGCCUUCUCGAGGUUUGACCCAGCGGACGGACGAGUGGACACCGGGUCAGAGAGGAUCCAGGGUUAACUGCUGACAGACGGUGGGGGGACAGCGGGGGGAAACAUGGCUCUGUCUCAGGUCCAGUGUCUGGACGACCACCACGUCAAUUGGCGGGUGAGUGAGGGCAAACCGGAGUUUUUCUACAGCGAGGACCAGCGGCUGGCUGUGGAGGCGCUGGUCACCAAGGGCCGGGACGCCUUCGUGGACUGCCUCCAGCGGAACUCGGUCCGGGAGUUCCUCUCCGAGCCGGAGCUGGAGAGGAUCGAGCGCACGGCGGAGGCUUACCGGCCCGGGCACGAGCACCAUCCGAAACCAGACACUCCCGGCCCGGGGAACAUCACCCCGGGCUCCGGAGAAGAAGCCGGGGACGGCGAGGUGUCGCUCCAGUACUGGCCGGACCGGUCCGAGGCCUCCGUGGUGGAGCUGGACCUGGGCUGGCCCGAUGCCAUCUCUUACCGCGGGGUGACGCGGGUGACCGUGUACACGCAACCUCCGACCGACGGACACACGCACAUCAAGGAGGUGGUGAGGAAGACCAUUGCGGGCGCGCAGAAGGUAAUAGCCGUGGUGAUGGAUGUGUUUACAGACGUGGAUAUCUUUCGUGACCUGCUUGAUGCUGCAUAUAAACGCAAAGUUCCUGUAUACAUAAUCAUUGACAUGGCUGCAGUCCCCUGCUUUCUUUCCAUGUGUGGCAGAGCUGAUAUGCACCGUGGACAUCUAAAGAAUCUGCGUGUGCGCUGCUGCGGAGGUGUGGAGUUCUUCACCCGGUCGGCACAGAGGGUGCGUGGGUCGCUGAGCCAGAAGUUUCUCCUGGUCGAUGGAGACAGAGCCGUCUCUGGUUCAUACAGCUUCACCUGGUCGUCCUCUCGUUUGGACCGUAACCUCAUCACUGUGAUCACAGGACAGGCGGUGGAGACGUUGGACCUACAGUUUCGUGACCUUUACCUCAUGUCCAGAGGGGUGUCUCUUAGCAAGGUUCCCAUGGUGGACGAACCAGUCCCCGACCCGCUGCCCCAGGCGGCUCCUACUCCUGUGUCAGCUGCUAUUGCUAGGAAGCUCAUCAAUCCCAAAUACUCCCUGGUUACCACGGGAGCCCACAGUCCAGCCCCCUCUGACCAGAAUUCCAACCCUCAAAACCCCACAGGGCUAAAAAUAAUGACAGGGCGUCCUAAGAAAGUAAUGGAAGAACCGCCCCUACACCCAGGAUUAGCCUAUCUGGAGAAAGCAUACCUGAUUCCUUACCUGCCCACCUGGCCAGAGCCUGACCCACCAAGCGACGUGAUAGGCUUUAUCAAUAUCAGGGAUGAAAAGCGGGCCAAUCAGGUUCACCUACAGAGGUCAGAGAGGUUUGAGGUCAGCCAGGCUAUACGCUUCAAAGCACCGCUGACGCUGCCACCCAAGUCUGAGGAACCUGCACCGGGUCAUGAUGCAAACAUGGCAGAAGGAACCAAAAAGCCCUCUGGGAAUACAAGUCCAGAAGCCACUUCUCCUGUGACCACAACCAGCAAACAGGUCAAAGAGAAAACAAAUGCUUCUCAGAACCAAGCCCAAACCGAUACAACAGAUUCCAGUGUGGCCCCUCAGCAGCCCCGCACACAGGACAAACACAACCUAAAUCAACACACUGCUGAAUCACCAUCUGGUAUCACUGCUGAUCCACAAACAACACAUGACGCUAAACAAACUCCAGACACACAAACCCCAGCACCUCCUGUUCCUAAACGCCGCACACUGCAGCUGGUCCUUGACCCAACCCCUUCAGACCAGCCCGGCCAACCGCAGGUGACUCUCGUUAAAAUGGACCAACUGGAAAGUCAAGAUGACUCUUUGAGCGAACAGAGAACCCAGCCGCAGCUGACGUUAGGCCGUGGCCGCAUGACAUCUAAGGACAACGACAGGGACUCCGGCAGCAAUGACGAGGGCAGCCAAGACAGCACCAAGGUCAUCUGUGACCGAGCGGCCAACGAUGAUCCUUCAAGUGCCUCCACUGUGUCGGAGGAGGAGUUUUACGAUAUCCAGCAGGAGCCAAUUGACCCACUGACGAGCAGAACUUCCACAGGUUCAGGUCGCGGACAUCGGUACGGAGAUGGGGUCAACAUGAUGGCCCGCCUCUCCCAGAGUAUGCUGGACCUUCGAGAGCCCAGCCAAUCAGAGGACAGCGCUGCCCUCAUCCGCCAGUCCCAGCAGCUCCGCAGACAUGGUCACCCCUCACCACACAGGCACAUUGGAGAAUUGUUCCAGACCUCUAGAUCUCCAGGUAGAGAUGCACGACUGCGAGGCAACAAAGUCGUCAUCGCCAAACCGGGAAGUUACCACCGCCCUACCCGAGCAGCUGGCCCUGUGAUAGGAGGACACCAAUACUGGAAGGGUCAAGGGCUGCAAACCAGUUCGACCCGGCCGCACGCAGAGAUUCGGUCCAGCCGGUCGCCACGACGCCACAGCCCGGGUUACAGGAAGACGGACAACACCUCGGCACAGCAGCCAACCAGCCCAUCAGGGCUACUUGGAGUUUCUUUCUCAAAACUGACCAAUUUUAGACACUUGAGGGCACGAGGAGGAGGGUCGCAGAAGAAAGCGACUCAUAAUAAACAGGCUGCUAGCUAGAACAGAGGACCUGUGGACGCACGGACGUUUGUUUAUAAAGACUUCCUGCUACGAAACUGGUGACUGUUCACUGUGGAAUCCUUUCUAUCUCAGGCAUGCAUGUCACUUCCUGUUUUAAACCCUAAGGCUCAGCUUACACCAACUAUUUAAUUAUGAAGUGAUAUGAAUCUGAUAUGAUGAUGUGUUGUUAGAGGCUUUGUCUGUAAAUGAAUUGUUUGUCCUUCCAAACUUUUUCCUCCUGGUUAAAGUUUCAGACUGGAUGCUUUCAGUAGCGUUACUGAUCUGAGAGCAACACUUUUUAUCUUGCAUCUGUCAUAAUUAGUAAACAAGUGAUUCAGUCAUCUUGUUUCUAAGCCCCUGUUCAGACCUGAUAUAAACGUCUGUCCUGAGAGAUCCAAUCACAAUGAGACAGUGUUGAGUCCAUUGUGAUUUGACUUCCCUGCUCUAUAUGCAAAUAAUCAUGUAAGUCAUUUGUAUUUGUGAAGACAAAGUGAUGUGUUGUUUUUACACAGUCUGAGUUUAGAGACGUGUCCAAUGUGUGUCUGUGUGUCGGCACGAGCGAGCGGGACGCAGAGACGAGUCAGGAGGGGCUGAGUGAAUCUUGUGCAGCUGCUGUGCAGAAUUAUUUUUAUCAGUUUAAGAAUUAAGAAAAAGAUUGUGAUGUGGCGAUCAGUGUUGAUAUUGUGACGUCAGCUGAGUAUUUGGUUCUUCACAAGUGACGCUUUUGCAUUCCAACAGCAAAAAUGAUGCGUCUCGGACCAGCUCCCAAUAUGGUCCGAGCGAUCGGAUCUCAGGACACGUUACAGUGCGUCCGGGCCUGGACUCCGAUCUUUCAGGUCAGAUGUUGAUGCCAGGUCUGAACACAGUUUAAGAUUGAACAGAAGCAGAGGUAUUUAGUAGUUGAUAAACAACAACAUACUAGAUUUGAUCAAAUAAAGCACUUCAGUCUUGUAAUGAAUCCUUUGAACACUUCCAGUUUAAAUCAGCUUCUGUUUUUUAGAAUUUCAUUCCGUAAUAUUUUUCUAUAUUAAACACACACAGAUGUGACAAUCAGCUGAAGAUGUUUUCCCGCUGAUAUACGCGUCAGGCUCUGGGUGUUGAUACCACUGUGGUAACUGAUGGUGCGAGGGUUAAGCCACCGUGUUGCUUGCUUUGCGGGUGAGGCAGAUGUUGUUGAUUACAGAUGUGGAGACCAGGUGUAUUCGAUGUUUAACACUGAUGUGACUAAAAGUGAAUGUUGUAAAUAAAAAGUCAGACUGUU